GGAGAGAAGCAUGGAUAGAGCAUCCAUGAAGCAAGGCAACUUAAAUUCAUUGCACAUCACAUUACUAUUUGUGAAGACAAAGGGUACCAGGAGCAUGUACAGAUAAGAUAACAAUCUUUCGCGCUAGCAUACUGACAUUUCAAUUAUACAUCCUGUCAUGUCGUUGUAAGAAUGGUAUGAUUGGAAGCGCUGCGACACAUGAUACAUCACUGUUGUGUGCUGAUUUACAUUGUUCAGCAGGUCAUAGAACAGACACCUGGCUAAUAAUCAUGAACGAAAUAAUUUGUUCUUUUUGCUAGUAUAAAAUAUGGCGAUUGGUGCCCUGUCACCUGACAUGUCACUUUCUUUCCUUUUCUUUUCUGUUUACAAGUCCAUUUCGAUACACAUAUAUUCCUGGCACGUGGACAGGAAUUGUACAGUCAUGCAUGCAAGUGACUAGACAAAGGGCCUGCAAUCAGCUCAAAUGACCUCAUCGAGUUUGCCAGGAAUUUUACGAGGGAAAAGCAGCAGGGGAGAUUUCCAUUCCAUGCCAUCUUGCGUUUUACCGGCCGGUUUAUCUACUUCGAUCCAACAUCCAACCCGGGCGGCUCACGCUUCACGCCCCGCCUGCUCGUCACCACGCAUUUGACGUUCGCUCGAAUUAGAUCACGGUCAAGGUGGCCGACACGCCAGCAAGCAUGAAGAGCUCCGGCGUCGUGCUAGUGCUCCUGCUGGCCAUCGCCAUGGCGAGCUGCAGGCUCUCGCUCGCUGCCACCGCCGCCGCCACUCACGAGAGCGGCGCCAGCAUUCCCGCCAUCCUGGGCCGCGAGCUGCGGGAGUUCAUCGCCAGGGCCGGCAACAUGUUCCGGUCGUCGGGGGCUGACGGCUGGCGCGCCGCGGCCACGAACGCCACCGCCGACGCCGACGCCGACGCCGAGGCGAAGAACCUGCGUGCCGUGGCGGCGUCCCGGAGGCGGCGGCCCGCCAGGAAGUCCGCGGGCUGCGUCAGCGCCGCGGCGUGCCGGAAGAGGCGCGUGAUCUGCGCCAAGAGGUGCUACCGCGCCUUGCGCGCCGCCAGCCUGACCCACGUCCCCUCCCGAUGCGUCGUCAAGUGCAGGAAGUGCGUGCCCACCUGCUAGAUCGCGCAUCGCGCCGCGUCGCGUACUCGCGUCGCCGGAGUUGCUACUUCUUGUCGUCGUAGGCUCGGUGGAAUAAAGAUGCAGAACCCUGUUCCGUGCGGUAGUAGGUCGUAGUGAAUAUUGUGAUUUCUAUACUGUACCCCGUCAGCACGUUUUGGAAUUUGGAUUCGGAUUUUUCCACUUGAA